AUGGGUAAAAGUGAAUACUUGCAGAAUGUUGAGAAUGUUUCAGAUGAUAUUCUUCGAUUGCCUGCGACUUCUUUGGUGCAAGUGCUGGUGCAGGAUGAGAGUGGUAGUAUUUCUUUUGUUAUGUUUGAUAGAGAUGUUCAGAAGCUUCUUGGAUUAGCGGCGAGUGACAUAAGAGCGACACAGGUUAAGGCCAAUGAUACUGGAUUCCCUCAUGAGACAUUUCGAUUGAUUGAUAAGAAGGGUGCUUUUAAGAUUGAUAUUUCAGAGUUCAAUCUUAAAAAUGACUAUCGUGUUUAUACUGUGCAAAAAACAACUGAGGAUCCAGUAAUAAUUGCUGAGUUGGUUGGUGGAGAUGGUAAUGGUGAUGAAAAUACUGAUGAGGUUACUCAAGAGGUAGCUGACGUUAAAGACGUUAACCUUUCAGACUCUUCUCAGAUGUCUGCUGAACGAACUUCAAGGGAUGUUGUCUCUGUUACGGCAGACUCUUCAGUCGUUGAAGUUGAAAAGGAUUCUGGAUCAAGUCUGAAUGGAAAGCGGAUGGCUCAAGAUACUGAUGUUGCCAACGUUGGUGAGCUAUCCACUAAUGUGAGAAGAACCCGGAAGAAGCUGACUAAGGUUAACUAUUAG